UUCCGAUAAACAUCCGAGAGACGCACUGGUAUCUUGCUGUGAUCCAUGCAAGAAAUAUGGAGAUACAAGUGCUCGAUUCACUUGGUACUUCACAAGACCGCAUAGACCUCACUGACUCUAUUAAAGGACUGCAAAGACAAAUAGAUAUGAUAUCUCAACGUAAGGAGUUAAAAGACCACAGGUGGCCAGACCUCCAAGUUGCUUCUUGGCCGCUCAGAGAAAUAGACAUGGGAUAUGCAAAGCAGACAGAUAGCUCUUCAUGUGGCCUCUUUCUUUUGAACUAUAUCGAAUACUGGACAGGGGAUGAACUGUCUGACAGUUUUACCCAGGAUGACAUGUCACACUUUAGGAAAAAAAUGGCUGCUAUAUUACUAUCUUCAGACCUGAAUAAGAGAAGGGGGUGUUUGUUAUACAAAAAUGAAAAAGAAGUUGACUCUGGAAGCCCAUCUGAUGUUGAGAUAUUAGAAAACCCAACAGAUUCUAAUAAGAGGAAACUACUCCACGUGCUUGAUGAUAGCGAAGUAGUGUAUGAAGAUGAGGAAGGCCCUAUUACUCAAGCAGACUUGCAAAGGUGGUUUGUUGAUGAUUGGGAUAAAAGAGCUCCUGUAAAAGUCUCUACCGAUGGUUGCACCAAUGACUUUUUAAUGGUUGGUCUUUCCACAAAGGACAUGCCAGUGACCAAAGCCGAUUCAAUAGAUGUUUUAUGUGAUUAUAUCAUGGCAAUAGAAGACGAUACGACACUAGAGAGAACAUGGGUGCGAAGUUUCAAUCCUUUUAAGAUAGAAAUAUCUGUCAAAGACCUGCAAAACAUAUUAACGACAACUCAAGAUAUGAUUCUAAGAUGUUUUGACAUGGCUAUUCGGCUGCUUGCCAAUAAAGAGUCACGUAGGCCGAAAGAAGAAAUCAUAAAUAAUAGAAAGCAUUAUAUGGACAUGCGUUUUUGGAGAAUGGUUGGUUUUGGUAAACUUCCAAAGUACCAUCAGGAUCCUACAACAGAAGAGUUAGCCAAAACACUCGAUUGUUGGCCAUCAAUUAAUUAUUAUAUCACGAGUUGUAGAUAUGUAAGUAUGUGUUCAUUUCGAAUGUAUUUAUAAAGGACACUUCUGUUGUAGGAUCCUAAUGACUGAUAUUUUGCAGGUUCUCAUGCCAUGGAAAUUCAAUGG